AUGGUUAAGUCCGCCGUCUACAACUUUGCAGAUCGUGAUCGUAUUCGAAAGAUCUAUGCUACAGAGGCCGAGCGUGAACCCACCUUCCACAUGGCCAUGAUCUUCUCCGUAGGACUACCUCGCGGCAGCGGAGGUCGGUCAUUUGAAAGAGACGGUUUCAACAUCUCCCUACCAGACCGGGCAGGCGAAACCAUGGAGAAGAUAGAGUCCAAGAGACCGGAAAUUUUAAGGAAACUUGCAGAGGAGGCCCGAAUCAACGGUGACCUUGUAGUGGGUGACUACGAGGACACCUACUAUAACCUGAGCCUGAAAUUAUUUCACACCUUCCAGUGGGCCUCGAGCUUCUGUCGAGCUCAUUUUAUCUCUCAGAAACGACCUCCCGUUUUCAUCCUCAUGGACGAUGACUACGCCUUCAACGUGAGCGUUCUUAGGACUGAGUUGGACGCCCUCCCCAACUCGCAACUUCGACGACUGACUCUGGGCUUGCCAUUUAAUAUCAGUAGGGUAUUUCGCCACCCUUAUCCCGGAUUUUAUGACAAGUGGUCUCUAUCCAAACGAGAAAUGCCCUGGCCCAUCCUCGCGCCCUACGCCCCCAGCAUUUUCCUUGCAUUUGGUGCUGAUGUCCUGCAGGAGAUUGCCCUGGCCAUGUACUUCACCAAGCAGUUUCCGAUAGACGAUGCCUGGUUAGGCCUUGUCAUGACGAAGUUAGAUUGCUACUUUCAUUCACGUCCCCACAUGUACAAAAUUCGGCCAAAGGGUAUUCCAAAGCAUUUGGUUCUAUUUGCACCCUUUGAUUACCUCUUCGGCCCAGAGUAA